AUGACGAAUGGGGCGUCUUCUGAGGAGGUGCUAUGUUGGCAAUCCUCGGGGGAGAAUGUUAUUGCUUCCGUGGUGGUGAGAGUCGGGGCCUGGUUACUUACUGCCAGGACUUUGAAGUCCUUUUUUAGUGCUGACUUUGACUUUCCUGGUGCAUCAUUACCCGUGAUGAUGUUGACGAUUAUGGUUGGGUCACUUUUGGGACUUUCCCGGGGAGCUUGUCUUUCUGUUCUUGGAUUGCGCCCUUCCUGUGUCGGGGAUCUGUCUCUGUCUGCGAGUUUUGGUUCUCUAAUAAUCUUGGUACUAUGCACCUGCAACUGCAUUAGUCUAGUAUUUUAUUUCAUAGUUUUGCCUGUUGUUGGUUUUCAUUUGGCUGCAUUUAUAGUUGGUUAUAUCUUAAGUGGAUUUGUCUUCCAUGAUUUUCCUGAUGUAAAGGCAUUGCAGCGAACAAUUUCCUUUGAGACAGGAAUGCAAAGUAGCUUUCUUGCUCUGUCCCUUGCUAAUCGGUUCUUCGAAGAUCCACUAGUGAGUGUGCCUCCUGCAAUUUCUGUAAGAGCAUUUUCAACAGUAAGAAAAUGA